CGCGUUGCGUGUGGCUCUAGAGUGACUCGAUUUCGAACCACUUGCAUUGCAUCUGAGGCGAGCAGCGAUACUCGACGCUGUUGCUUCCCUCUUCAUCUAUCUCUAGGGCCAAGUUGUGCAUUUCUUUAACUGGCGAAACAUAUACUACAAUAAGUGUCACUACUGCCUAGCUACUACUGUGUGAUUUAUUUUAUGGUGUAAAUGGACUAUAAAUACAGCUGCGGUUUGAUGCGUUUCUUCUUCAUCAGCUUCUUCUUCCUCCUCCUCAUCAUCUUUAGAGUUUCAGAGAUCGAUCAAUUGGGUUCAGAGCAAUGACGAAUAGGUUCGCUUUCGAGGAGAAGGAGAUGGCACGCAUGCUUCUGCUUGUGUCGCGGGAGCAGCCGAUGCCCAUGCCGAUGCCGGUGGCAGUGCACGGUGACCGCGCCCUGGAGCGGGUGUUCGUGUGCAAGACGUGCGACCGCGUGUUCCCGUCGUUCCAGGCGCUGGGCGGGCACCGGGCCAGCCACAAGAAGCCACGGCUGGACGACGGCGGCGACCUCAAGCCCAAGCUGCACGGAUGCUCCGUCUGCGGCCUCGAGUUCGCCAUCGGCCAGGCGCUCGGCGGCCACAUGCGGCGCCACCGCGCCAUGGCCGCGGGCGGAGGCGGUGGCCUCAUGGCCAUGACGCCACCGGCAGCAGCGAUAGAGAAGCAUGGUGGCGGCAACGGCGCUGUUGUCGGCAUGAAACGCGGGCUGUGGCUCGACCUGAACCACCCACCUUGCGACGAGUACGGCGCCAGCUGCGAGGGCGACGACGAGUGCGGCCACGAUGCAGCUGCCGCCGGGUACACGUUCCACCAGUUCCUGGAUAUCGGCACCAUGGCGGUGGACUGCGUCUAGCUACCCCAUUCUCCACCUAUUACCGGGUUUUUGCCGAAUAGUACAAUAUUUUUCCUUUGUGCUCUUUGGCAGUAACUUCCUUUUUACCCUUUUUCUUCUUCUUUUUCUUUUUUAUGCAUGGAGAGAUCCAUAUUUUGUAGCAGUAGAUGAGUGGCCUGGAAGAUAUGCCAUGGUACAUAAGUCAUCUCUUUUCUCUUUGAGAUGAUUAAUUUAGUGCUUAAUUUGGUGGCUUCGGAGGCUCACCAGAGCUUACCUCAGGUAUUCCGGUUAUAAUUUGUCCGGUUAUUGUUGACAAAAAAUGAACCUUUGGUCCACUUUUUUUCCCCGCCAAAAAAUGGCUCAACAUGUAAUUAUCCAAUUGUAGUAGAGUAUAUAUGGAGCUUGUGAUUUAUCAGUUGGUGGCCCGACGUCAUCUUACCUCUUUUAGUAUGUGCUCGUUUAUUACCAAACAAAUUUGAUGUUUGAAUAAUUUCCACUUGGAAUAAAAAAUUAUCGUGUGAGGUCCAAGUUGAACUGUCAACUAAUUAAGGAACUAUCUACAUUAAACCCUGUAAAUUCGAUUAUUAAAAAACAUGGAAAUUCUAAAACCAUUUAACAUUAACUCAGACCUGGUUUCCAAGAGUGAUUUGUAUUUAUGGCCUUCCAAUAAACGGCGAAAUAUUUCAAAUAUUUAGGAAACGCUAGGACAUGGUAAUCCACACAAAUUCAUAAAAAUAUAACAAUUUAUGUCAUGUGUACAAAUCA